AUAACUAGCAAAUGUUGUUGUAAAUUGUAUGCAUUUUUUAACAUUUAAAACACAUUUGACAACUCUUAUAAUAUGGCACGUGACAACUUGCCCCGACCUUGAUAUGAAAUUGAAAAAUACUUUUUUUUAAUACUUUAUAAACUAUAUAAUGUAUAAAUUAUAUAGAUAUAUAGUAUAUGUUCAUUAUAUAAUUUUGAGAAUUAAAUAUUUUUUUAAACAUUGUGAGAAAAGGAUUCUCUGAGUGAACCUCCUCUCAUCUACUCAUGAGUGACUCUGUGUGGUUAACUAUGGUACUUGCGUGUAAAAUUAGUUGCACUCAUUCCAUUUUGUUCAUUUAUUUAGCUAGUAUAUUUACAUUUAUUACAUGUAUCUGUCCUAGUUCAAAUGCUUUCUCUAUUUAACAUCAGUUGUACUAAAUUGCUAUCAUUACUGAGAUAACUACAAUUUCAGAUCUGUUAGGAAUUUCUUUUCUAAAUAAGGUAAAAAAAAAAAAAAACGUGCCAUCCCAAAAUGAAGAGUCUCAUAUUAUUGACUGUCCUGUGGCUCAUUUCCUCUGGAGCUCUUUGCCAGCGUUUUAAGCCAUGGAGCUCCUCUGGCAGUGAUGAGAGGAUCUAUUGGCCCUAUUUUCCUGGAGGUCAAUAUUAUCAUGUGAGGCCGGUUCGACCCGGACUUCUGUUCCCACUGUGGUCAUUUCAGUGGCCCCCGCUGCUGCCUCGUCCAGCCCCUGCCCCGGCCCCGGCCCCUGCACCAGCCCCAGCGCCAGCACCCACACCCAGUCCCCCAGUCAUCCCCACCAAUCGUGGAGAUGGUUGAAAGUAGAGCAGGGGUUGUUUUGUAAAGUACCCUUGACAUUUCAGUAAUGCUUUCAAUAAAUUUAGUGAAUC